AUGUGGUCUAGGCUCCGCAUUGUUUACCUCUUCUCAGUUCCCCCAGCUGGGCUCACUGUUCUUACACAGUGUGAUUUUGAGGAUGACACCAACCCCCUCUGCGGCUGGACCCAAGGGUCUGAAGAUGACGGGGACUGGACUCGAGCCAGGGGCUCUAAGCACACUGACACCACUGGGCCCCCUGGAGGGUACCCCAACAAACAGGGCUACUACCUGCUCAUGGACGCACGAGUCUUUCGCCGGGGCGGGGUGGCCCGCCUGCGUAGCCCUGUGGUCAAGGAGCCCGGGCCGCUGUGUGUGCACUUUGCCUACCACAUGUUUGGACUAUCGUGGGGUGCCCAGCUCAAACUGCUGCUGCUUCCCAGCACCCAGGAUGGGCGUCCCCAUCUGCUCUGGAGGCACGCAAACACCCAGAGCACCUCCUGGGUGCCCACUGCUGUCACCGUGCCCGGGAGGCUCACCCAGCCCAGCAGGCUGAUGUUUGAGGCAGUGAGAGGCAGCAAUGCUUAUCUGGACAUCGCUCUGGAUGCCCUGUCCAUCCUUCGGGGUGCCUGCCAUCAGGACUGUGUGAUGCAAACCUGCAACUUUGACACUCCAAAUGACCUCUGUGGCUGGAGCUGGAUCCCAACCCCUACUGGAGCCAGAUGGAUCCAGAAGACGGGGUCAUCGGGGGAUCCAUAUGCGGGGCCUGUGGACGACUUCUCCAGGCCUGGUAACGGCUCCUACAUGCUCCUGGACCCCAGGGAUGCAAAACCAGGGCAACAAGCCAUCCUCCUGAGUCCGUUGAGCCACUCCUCUGGCUGUCUGAGCCUCUCCUUGCAUUACAUCCUCCGGGCCCGGACUGCUGGUGCAGCGUUCAUCAUCAAGGCUGUAGCCUUAGGUAGUGUUCAGAAACACACUCUCUUCUCAGGACAGCCUGGAUCCAACUGGCAGCCCGUGUCUGUCAAUUUUACAAGCAAAGGACAGAUUCAGUUCAUCAUGGUGGGCGUGUUUGGAGCAAUCCCAGAGCCAGCUGUGGCAGUGGAUGCAGUCAGCAUUGCUCCCUGUGGAGAGAGCUUUCCUCAGUGUGACUUUGAAGAUGAUGCCCAUCCCUUCUGUGACUGGAUCCAGGAAUCAAGGGAUGGUGCACACUGGACCCGAGGAAGUAGGAAUACGUCCACCCAGGGCACAAAUCAUCCCUCUGGAGGUUCCCCUAAUGGAGGUGAGGAUCAUCACUACAUCUACCUCAAGCCUGACAAGCUCUCUCAGACAAUGCAUCCUGUCCGACUGUUGAGCAGGUCUUUCUGUGCCCUUGAGGCAAUCUGCGUGGAGUUUACUUACCACAUGUAUGGACCUGAAGAGGGUGUUAUGCUCAAGUUCCUGCUGGGGACUCCAAGAAGUAGUGUCACAAGUUCUCUCUGGAGCCAUGUGGGAUCUCAGAGCCCUACGUGGCAGCAGGCCUCCUUCACCAUCCCUUCAGGACGUCAACAGCCCAUGCAGCUGAUACUUGAGGCUUUUGUCAGUGCCAACCCUACCUUUGAUGUUGCUGUGGGUUUCAUCUUGAUCCAUCAUGGGGCUUGUCCAGUGCUUCCUAUGAAACACCCAGUUCCACCUACUGUUGUCACCACAGAAAAACCCACUGUCCCCAGUGAAAAACCCACCUUCCCCACAGAAGAAUGCCUUGUUCCCACUGAGAAGAAUACCACCCCCACAAAAACAACCACCAUCACCACAGAAAUAUGCGCCCCCCCCACUGAAAAGCCCACUGUCCCCACAGAAAAGCCCACUGUCCCCACAGAAAAGCUCACUGUCCUCACUGGAAAACCCACUAUCCCCACUGAGGAGCCCACUGCCCCCAUUGAAGAGCCUACAGUCCCCACUGAAGAGUCCACUCUCCUUGUUGCAGAGCCCACCAUCCCCACUGAAAAACUCACAAUCACAGAAACGCCCACAGUUCCCACAGAAAAGCCUACCAUUUCCACUGAAAAGCCCACUGUCCCCACCGAAAAAACCACCAUCCCCACCGAGAAGCCCACUGCUCCCACAAAGAAGCCCACUGCCCCCACCGAGAAGCCCACCGUUCCCACCGAGAAGCCCACCGUCCCCACUGAGGAGUCCACUCUCCCCACUGAGAAACCCACCCUCCCCACUGAGGAGACCACUGUCCCCACUGAAAAGCCCACUGAGAAGCCCACCAUCCCUACUGAGGAGUCCACCGUUCCCACUGAGAAGCCCACAGUCCCCACUGAGGGGUCCACAGUCCCCAGUGAGGGGUCCACUGCCCCCACUGAGAAGCCCACCAUCCCCACUGGGAAGCCCACCGUCCCCACUGAGAAGCCCACCUUCCCCACUGAGAAGCCCACCACCCCCACUGAGAAGCCCACCGUCCCCACUGAGAAGCCCACCGUCCCCACUGAGAAGCCCACCACCCCCACUGAGAAGCCCACCGUCGCCACUGAGAAGCCCACCGUCGCCACUGAGAAGCCCACCGUCCCCACUGAGAAGCCCACCGUCCCCACUGAGAAGUCCACUGUCCCCACGGAGAAGCCCACCGUCCCCACUGAGAAGCCCACCGUGCCCACUGAGAAACCCACCAUCGUCACUGAGAAGCCCACUGUCCCCACUGAGAAGCCCACCGUCGCCAAUGAGAAGCCCACCGUCGCCACUGAGAAGCCCACCACCCCCACAGGGAAGCCCACCACCCCCACAGAAAAGCACACAACUCCGUUGGUACCUUACACCAGCCCAACACUCAAACCCAGUGGGCCAGUCUUGGUGACGACUCCAACUGCUUCAAGUGCCUUCAUGACCAGUGUAGCCCUCGGCACCACUGCAACUCCUAGACCUGCUCCAGUGACCUGUCCCUCCGAUGCGCACUAUGAGUCCUGUGCCUGCCCUGCAUCCUGUGAGAACCCCAAGCCCACCUGUCAGCUCCCCUGCAGGCCAGGCUGUGCCUGCAAUCCUGGCUUUUUGCUUAGUCACUCCCGCUGCAUCCAACCCUCCUCUUGUGACUGCUUCUACAACAACAACUACUACAAGCCUGGGGUCGAGUGGUUCAGCCCCAACUGCACAGAGCAUUGCCGCUGCUUGUCUGGUGGUCGCCUGGAGUGCCAGGCCUCCCAGUGUGGGACACACAAAGUGUGCCAGCUGCAGAACAGCCAGUAUGGAUGCCACCCCUACGGCACUGCCACCUGCUUGGUCUACGGAGAUCCUCAUUAUCUUACCUUUGAUGAGAGGCACUUUAGCUUCAUGGGCAAAUGCACCUACCUCUUGGCCCAUCCCUGCAACAACUCAACAGACCCAUACUUCAAGGUGGCAAUAAAGAAUGAGGAACGAGGACAGGAAGGUGUCUCUUGCCUGAGCAAAGUCUAUGUGACCCUGCCCCAGACCACCAUCACCCUACUGAAGGGCAGACACACUCUGAUUGGGGGUUAUCGUGUCACUCUCCCGGCCAUGCCUUCUAAAGGUAUCUUCUUGACUCAGAGUGGACGGUUUGUGGAGCUGCAGACAGCAUUUGGCUUGCGGGUGAGGUGGGAUGGUGACCAGCAGCUCUAUGUGACUGUGCCCAGCACCUACUUUAGCCGAGUCUGUGGUCUCUGUGGAAACUAUGACGGUGACGACAGUAAUGACAACCAGAAGCCGGACGGCAGCCUGGCCCAGAAUGACGACGAGCUGGGCAACAGCUGGCAGAUUGUCGUCGCCGGGGAGGAGGACAAGCAGUGUCAGCAGAACCUGGCAAGUCCUCCAUCUUGUGAUUCAGCUUUGCAUAACAGUCUGCUGGGGCCGGAGUUCUGUGGUCGGCUCAUUGACCCCAAUGGAAUAUUUGGGGCAUGCCUGCCUCGCCUCAAGGCCUUUUUCUACUACGAGAACUGCUUGUUUGACAUGUGCAGCUUCCAAGGGCUGCAGCAAAUACUGUGUGUCCAGAUGUCGGCCUUGACAGAGACCUGCCAGGCUGCGGGCCUCCUGGUGAAGCCCUGGAGAAGCCCCAAGUUCUGCCCUCUGGCCUGCCCACCCAACAGCAGGUACUCCCUGUGUGCCAAGUCCUGCCCCGACACCUGCUUCUCGGGCUUCUCUGGUGUGUCCUGUCCGGACCGCUGCAUGGAGGGCUGCGAAUGCAAUCCGGGCUUUGUCCUCAGUGGCCUUCGGUGUGUCCCCAAAAACCAGUGUGGCUGCGUCCAGUCCCCAGGGACCUACAUGGAGACAGGGGACUCUUGGUUUAAAGUAGGCUGCAAGCAACGCUGCUUCUGUGAAGGCAACAACAAAAUUCGCUGUGUGCUCUGGCAGUGUGGUCCUCGGGAGGCCUGCGUCCUGCAGGAUGGCACCUAUGGCUGCCAUGCACAAGGUACUGGCACCUGCAGUGUCUCAGGUGACCCCCACUACCUGACCUUCGACGGAGCCCUGCACCACUUCAUGGGCACCUGCACCUACAUCCUGGCACGGCUUUGCUGGGUCAAUGCCCAAGAGAGCUAUUUCAUAGUGAGCGCUACCAACGAGAACCGGGACGGGAACCUGGAGGUCUCCUAUGUCAAGGCUGUCCAUGUGCAGGUCUUCAACCUCCGGUUCUCACUGAUCAAGGGCCGGAAGGUCAUGCUGAACGACCGCCGGGUGGCCCUGCCGGUGUGGUCUGCCGAAGGCCGGGUGAGCGUGGGGCUCAGUGGCUCCUUUAUCCUUCUCCAAACGGACUUUGGGCUUUGGGUUCGAUAUGACGGGUACCACCUGGUGGACGUGACACUACCCUCCUCUUACGUCGGUCGCCUCUGUGGGCUUUGUGGGAAUUACAACAACUACAGCUUGGAUGACAAUCUGCGCCCGGAUAAGAAGCCAGCAGCAAACUCUGUCCAGCUGGGCACAGCCUGGGUGUUACGUUCUGCCUCUGAACCUGGCUGCUUUGCUGCGGGUGGCAAGCCCCCCAGCUGCCCAGGGAAAGACAGGGUCGACAUCUGGAAUCGGAGCUGUGAGAUCUUAACCAAUCCUCAGGGACCCUUCUCCAAGUGUCACGCGGUGGUGUCCCCGCAUCUUAGCUUCAGCAGUUGUGUGUAUGGGCAGUGUGGGACUCAAGGUGACACCCUGACCCUGUGCCACUCCCUGCAGGCCUACGCGGCCCUCUGUGCCCGGGCGGGCCGGCCCCCUGCCUGGCGGAAUAGUACCUUCUGCCCUCUGACGUGCCCACCUGGCAGCAGCUAUAGUCCCUGUGCCAGUCCCUGCCCAGCCACUUGCCUCAGCAUGCAUGCACCAAGAGACUGCCCGCCCACACUGCCCUGUGCUGAGGGCUGUGAGUGCCUGAAAGGCUAUAUUCUGAGCGGGACCUCCUGUGUGCCCCUCAGCCAGUGUGGCUGCACGGACCAGCAGGGCUCCUACCACCCGGUUGGGGAGCACUGGUACACAGACAGCAGCUGCUCCAAGCUCUGCACCUGCUCCAGCCAAAACAACAUCUCCUGCAGCAACAGCAAAUGUGGCUCCAACCAGAAUUGCUGGCCUUUGGAUGGGUUGCUCCGCUGCCGGGCCUCAGGUAUGGGAGUGUGCCAUGUCUCAGGUGAUUCUCACUACGUGAGCUUCGAUGGCAGUUACCAUUCCUUCAGAGGGACCUGCACUUACAUCCUGGUGCAAGUGUGCCACCCCACCAUGGACCUGCCUUUCUUCAAGAUCACUGCCAAGAGCGAGAAGCAGGCUGGCCAGGCCUCAGCUUUCUAUCUCCACCACGUCAACAUUUAUAUCUAUGGUUCCCAGGUUACCCUGCAAAAGGACCACCGUGUCCUGAUCAAUGGCAAACAGGUCACUCUUCCUGCGAACACCCAGAUCCGACGGGUCUCCAUUAUUGCCAAUGGCAUCUAUACUGUGCUCAGUGCUUACUUUGGACUGCUUGUCAAAUUUGAUGGUGAUCAUCUUUUGGAGAUCCAGAUCCCUCCAGCUUAUUACCAAAAGGUCUGUGGUAUGUGUGGAAAUUUCAAUGGUGAGGAAGAAGAUGAAUUAAUGAUGCCCAAUUACGAGCUAGCCCAGAAUGACAUUGAGUUUGGGAACAGUUGGAAAGAUAAGGAUGAGUCCAACCCAAGCUGUGAACGAGAUGACCGGGGGAUUCGGCUAGAGCACCGAGAGAACCCGAAUAGGAACUGCAAGCAAGACGACCUAGUGAGGGCCCAGGAGCAGUGCCAAGCAGCCUUUCAGGGCUCCGACUGGUCUGAAUGUGCCACCCAGGUGACCCCCAAGCCCUUUGUGAUUGGCUGUACCUACAACCUCUGUGAGCUGAGAGGUGAAAACCGUGCCAUCUGUGAUGCCCUGCAAGUCUUUGGAGUCGCCUGCCAGGCCAAGGGGCUCAGGCCCCCGUUUUGGAGAAACAAUAGCUUCUGCUCUCUGGAAUGCCCUGCCUACAGCAGCUACACCCACUGUGCUCCCACCUGCCCACCUUCCUGCUGGGACCUGGAGGGCCGCUGUGAGGGCACCAAGCUCCUCUCCACCUGCUUUGAGGGCUGUGUCUGUAACCCUGGGUAUGUGCUCAAGGAGGACGAGUGCAUACUCAGGAAUCAGUGCAGCUGCAGGGACACCAAAGGCCACAUCUUUCCUGCAGGCAAGACCUGGCUCGCCAUUGGCUGUAUCCAGAACUGUGUCUGCACAGAGGGAGUCAUUCAGUGCAGGAACUUCCACUGCCCCUCAGGUUCCCACUGCCAGCUCAAUGCCAAGGGCAACAGCAACUGCGUACCUGACUGGUUGGAUCAUUGCUCAGUCUCUGGGGACCUCCAUUACCGCACGCUGGAUGGCUUUAGCUACCACUUCCAGGGCCGUAUGACCUACACUCUGGUAAAGACCAUAGAUGUGCUCCCUGAUGGGGUGGAGCCCCUGGUCGUGGAGGGUCGCAACAAGAUGUACCUGCCUUGGAGUCCGGUCUUCUUGUAUGAAGUGUUGGUCAAGGUCUACGGCUCUAGAAUCCAGCUCCAGCCUGGUCUGGAGCUUGUGGUCAAUGACGAGAAGGUGGUCAUUCCCUACAAGCCGAGUGAGCACCUGCAGGUCUCCCUGAAGUCUCACCGCCUGUAUCUGACCACUGACUUUGGGCUGGCCAUCAGCUUCGAUGGGAACAAAAAUGCAGUGAUUUCCAUGCCCAGCACAUACCAAGGCCUCGUGCGCGGCCUGUGUGGGAACUUUGAUAGGAACCAGAGCAAUGAUUUAAUGCUGCCCACUGGCGCCAUCACUAGCAACAUCAAUACCUUUGGCAACAGUUGGGAGGUGAAGGGAGACCAGGCCACCCAGGCCCGAGUUCCAAGGGCCAUUCAGGAGGAGGAGGAGAAAGAGGGGGAGUCAAGCUUCCACAUGUCAGAAUGCACCCCGGAGCAUCUCUUCAACAGCAUCCAGGCCUGUAGGGUGCUGGCUGACCCCCAGGGUCCCUUUGCUGCCUGUCACCAGACUGUGGCCCCAGAGCCCUUCCAGGAGCACUGCGUGUUAGAUCAGUGUGCUGCCCGGGACCCCAAGGAGGGGGAGGAGCUGCGCUGCCAAUUGCUCAGCGGGUAUGCCCUCAUCUGCCAGGAGGCGGGCACCGUCCUGGCCAGCUGGCGCAACCACACGGGCUGUGCCUUGGCGUGUCCAGCCAAUACCGUGUAUCAGAGCUGCAUGACGCCCUGCCCAGCCUCCUGUGCCAACCCGGAGGCUCCCAGGGACUGUGAGGGGCCCUGUGUGGAAGGCUGUGCCAGCCUCCCUGGCUACGUCUACAGCGGUGCACAGAGCCUCCCUCUAGCGGACUGUGGCUGUAUCAGCAAUGGCAUCUAUUACCAGCGAGGUGACAGCUUUGUGACCAAGGACUGCUCCCAGCGCUGUACCUGUGCCAGCUCCGGGGUCCUGCUGUGUGAGCCCCUCGGCUGUGGCGCAGGAGAGAUCUGCACCCUGGGGAACCUCACCCGUGGCUGUUUCCGAGAAAGCCCUUGUCUGCAGAACCCUUGCCAGAAUGACGGACGGUGUCAGGAGCAGGGAACCAAUUUCACCUGUGAGUGUGAACUUGGUUAUGGGGGAGACCUCUGCGCGGAACCUCAGGAAGUUCCAGCCCCUGAAAAGCUAAAAGCACCCAACCUUGCGGCUGUGCUCUUGGGGAUGCUGGUGCCCACGGCCUUCACGGUGCUGGCAGUGACCAGGAAAACAGAGGGCAACUGUAAUGCGGAUGAAAAGGCCGCUGCAGCUAAAGCUGGUCCCUUCAAGGCCUGCUUCUGCACCAUCCCAGAUGGGGCGCUGGGCAGGCACAAAGGAAAGUGA